GGGGGCCGACGCUCCUGGCGGAAGUACCUUUGAGGUAGUUACCUGUGGGAAGGCGUGAAGUCUGUUUGUGAAGUCGUAGCGCUGCGUCCCGGUAACCGGGGUGUUGUUCUACCGCCCUGCCUCGGGGUAGCAGGAUCUGGUCCACCUGACUGGGAUGGCAUCCAUUGAGAAUGGACAGGAUAUGGAUGAACAACCAGUAAAGAAAGCCAAAAUGGAGGAUCCCAAUGAAGAAAGAGUAAGCCAAACGAGUAAUGGUGAACCCCCCAGUCAGAAAGGAGAACUAUCUUCUAACCAUACCAUUCCUAGUGAAAUCCUUCACUGUACUGACUAUAUAGCCCGAACUCCUAGUGACUAUGCUUCCCAGUUGUAUCAAACGAAGCCGUAUACACACAUUCUUUCUGUACCUGUAGCAGAAACUAUUCCAGCAUACACUGGGCAGACUCAGUAUCAAUCCUUGCAGCCAUCUCAGCCAUAUACAGUGUACCCUCAGCCAACACAAACAUAUGGUCUACCUCCGUUUGGUGCACUGUGGCCAGGUGUGAAGUCUGAAAAUGGAUUAAUACAGACCCUUAACCCCCCUACAGUUUUGACAUGUUCCUCAGGAGUUACCAACAGCCAUACCAGCUCGGUACUAUAUUCCUACCCUAUACAAGCUUCUUCUACAAAUGCUAUUUCAAGCACAUUACCGAAUACAAACAUUAUAACCCAGACAGUUGCCAGCAUCUCAAACCAGGAAUAUCCUACAUAUACCAUCCUUGGGCAAAAUCAGUACCAGCAUUGUUAUCCAAACCAAAACUUCACAACAGUAUCCCCCCCUGGCCCAACAGAACGUAACUCUGAGACACCAGAUUUUCAAGAGACCAAGACCGACACUACUUCCCCAUCGCAGAUACAAACGCCAAUUUCUGGCGAUCCUGCUGCAGGCCAGCCUAUGAGAGCGAUGAGCAGCAAAGAAACAGAAGAACAAAGUAAGAAAAAUAUGCCAGUAAAGAACAGGGGGAAGGGUAAGAAAGCCGACUCCAUGUCGCCACAGCAUGGUGAUCUUGAGCGUGUGUUUUUGUGGGACUUGGAUGAGACCAUUAUCAUCUUUCACUCCCUGCUCACCGGUUCAUAUGCACAAAAAUACGGAAAGGACCCCACCCUCGUGGUAGGAUCAGGGUUAGCCAUGGAAGAAAUGAUCUUUGAAGUUGCAGACACACAUUUAUUUUUCAAUGACUUGGAGGAGUGUGAUCAGGUUCAUGUGGAAGAUGUGUCAUCUGAUGACAAUGGUCAAGAUUUAAGCAAUUACAGCUUUGCUACCGAUGGAUUUAAUGGGACAGCAGGAAACCGAAACCUCAGCUCCAAUAGUGGUGUUCAAGGUGGGAUGGACUGGAUGAGAAAGUUGGCAUUUCGAUAUAGGAGAGUCAAUGAGGUUUAUGAAAAAUACAAGAUCAAUGUUGGAGGAUUGCUCAGCCCACAGAGGCGCGACUCUCUACAGAGACUUCGAGAUGAUAUAGAGGCAUUGACCGAUGGCUGGUUAGGAACGGCUAUGAAAUGUUUACAACUCAUCCAGGCAAGGAAGAACUGUGUUAACGUUUUAAUAACAACAACACAGCUGGUUCCAGCUCUGGCUAAAGUUCUGCUCUACGGAUUAGGAGAAGUGUUUCCAAUACAGAACAUAUACAGUGCCACCAAAAUAGGAAAAGAGAGCUGCUUUGAAAGGAUAGUGACAAGAUUUGGGAAGAAAGUUACGUACGUGGUGAUUGGAGAUGGCAGGGAUGAAGAAAUGGCUGCCAAACAGCACAACAUGCCUUUCUGGAGAAUCACAAACCACAAUGACCUCAUCUCUCUACAUCAGGCACUGGAGCUGGACUUCUUGUGAAAAAUUCCAGGAAAGCAUGACUUAGUAUACAAGCCCUCCAGAUCAGCAGGUGCCUCACAAAUGAGAGUCCAGGUGGAGACCAAAGGCACAAAUGCUAGAUCUUAUAAACCUGCAUCUAUCUUGAAACUUUCCAAGAUGAAAACGCUUUCAGUUUUGGCCUUCAUGGAGGAAAAACCAUUUCAACUAUCCAGCCCGUCAGAAUACCCUAUUUAGCUUCUACAUCCCACCUACCUCUCAUUUUCUUGCCAGAGAGUUUCUUCGUUUUUUUGGUAGAUAACUCUUUAAAGUCCCACCUACCUCCUCUUGUACAGACUGUCUUCAGUUUAUUUCAAGGCCAACUUCUGGUUAGUUGUAGGCUGUUCCUCCUGUACCAGUAAAUACAUGUGUAAUGCUAUAAGCACAUAAGGAGCAGCUCUGCUUAUCUAAGACCAGCCAUAACAUGUAGCAAUGAAUCAUAAUAAUGUAUUGCAUCUUGAUGUGAAUGAAGUAACCAAGACUUUUAAGUAGGGAUGGAUGGCUUCUGCAUCAAACUUUAAAUGUCCUCUCCUUUUAAUCAGAGUAUGAACAGCUGGGUCAGUCGGUGUACAUUUUUUGAUUUUUUUUUUUUUAACAGUAUCCCAAGUCAUAAUGGCUUGCCUUCAUUAUGUCUCAUUGCCAUUCUGGAACUCUUGAAAUACCUCGAGGGAGGGGAAAAAAGGCCUCCAUUAUUAUACCUUUUGAAUCUAUAACUUAUUAAAGCAGUUUUCCUUGA